GGCAGCUAGUCAUGCAGGCUUUAAAUACAGAUUUGACGGUUCACAAUUUACUCCCAGGCACUAAGAAAAUAUUCUACCACAACCAGACCUGCAUUACUUCACCUCCAACUUGUAGCUAGUCCUAGUGCCCUCAGAUAAAAUGAACAAGCUAACACCUUUGUUAUUGGCAUGUAUACUUGUACCAUUAGUGCUCUCAGCAACAGUCAAAACAUUUGAUUGGAGUUUUGAAAACACAGAGGAGGCUGCCAUUUCAAAUGAAGAGGACUCAAUACUGAACAAUGAAGAAUUCUUGGAAGCUGAAAGGCCAGAGACGGAUGUCAUGAAUUUUCCUCAGUCAGACACAGUUCCUGGUGUAAUACCACAACCAGAUUCAGAACUGCCAACUUGCCUCUUGUGUGUGUGCUUGACUGGCUCAGUGUAUUGUGAAGAAAUCCUCAUUGAUGUGGUUCCUCCACUGCCAAAAGAGACAGCCUACCUGUAUGCACGCUACAACAAAAUUAAAAGGAUUAACGCAAAAGAUUUUGCAAACUUUCCUACUUUGAAAAGAAUUGACCUGACUGGAAAUUUGAUUGAAGAGAUAGAAGAGGGGGCCUUCUCAAAGCUCCCUCAGCUUGAGGAGCUUUCACUUGCUGAAAACAAAUUGACCAAACUUCCUGGCCUGCCUCCUAAACUGACUGUUUUCAAUGCAAAUUAUAACAUGCUCAAAAGCAGAGGAGUGAAAGCCAACGCUUUCAGGAAACUCACCAACCUGUCCUAUCUCUACUUAUCCAACAAUCAGCUGGACAGCGUGCCUCUUCACCUGCCCGAGAGCCUGCGCAUUCUACACCUGCAGAACAACAACAUAACUUCAAUCUCAGACGAAACGUUCUGCAAGGGAAACAGCACCAACUAUAUUCGUGAACAAAUGGAGGAGAUCAGACUGGAUGGUAAUCCAGUUUUGCUGGCCAAAUACCCAAACAGCUUCAUCUGCCUGAAAAUGCUGCCUGUUGGAAGUUACUUCUAAACCAGCCUUGUAAAUAGAAAGGAACCCCAUAAUCUAACCAAAGUAGGCUAUAUGCAAGAUGCAUUCAAGACAGUAAGCACUUUGUCUUUGGUGUUUUAAAACUGUUGUUUAAAAUGUCAUGUUUUAAAAUAAUAAUAAUAAUAAUAAUAAUAAUAAUAAAACAACAAUUUUUGUUUGCACAACUUGUCAUUUUCAGAUGCAAACAUCAUCAGUUUCUAUUUGUCAGGGUUGGCUUUAUGAACUCUUACAUUAUGUUUUGCAAUUUUAAUUUAUUUUUUUUUUGUGUGUAUUUGUUUUUGUUAACUUCAAAACACAUUUAUGCGCAGAAUUUGAACUCCUAAAUUCUUAUUUCACCUGUUACUACCUGUAAAACUAUUUCAGACCAAAUUACAGAAAACAACCAUAACUUCUAAGUACAUGCUUCAGUGUACUUCUCAUACAUUUAUAAUGCCUUCCAACAUUAUCUUCUUAUAGAAAGUGUAAAUACAUCAAUAUCUUGAACACUGCCGAUUUCAGAAGUGCAUAAAGAGCACAAGAUAUAGGAAAAUACAUUAUUUUACCUUGUGGGCACUCAGUCUUGAGGUAGGAUUUAAGCUUAAGCGCUUAAAGUGUCAUAUAUGUAAUGUGAUAUUAUCAUUAUCUUUCUCUCUCUCUCUCUCUAUAAAUGAUACAUAUAUAUAUAAAAUAAUCAGUGCUAUUUUUGGUUUUAAAAUUUGUAUGUACCCAUUCUUGUUAAAGUACUGCAUUUGUAGAAAAUAACUACCUAUCACAAGCAUUAAGAGCUACAGGGUGUAUACAACGUUUGUUUGUUUUUUAAUGAUAAUUUUUUAAGUUAAGACCAUUAAAAUGGUAUUAGAUAUUGAAUUACUAAAGCAGCUGUACUGAAAGGUUAAAAUUGACUUAUUGGCUAUGUCUGUUGGCUUCCAGAUUCAGUCUGUGAUCCAAGUAAAUAAUGGAAUUGGGUCCACAUUGCUUUUGUAGCUUGGUUUCCACGUCUUCGAAUUGUAAUCAGUUGAUGGAAUAAGUUAAUAUGCUGAUCCUUUUGCCAGUUUUCUACUCAUCAUACAAACCUCUACUGAAAUCAAUAUAAAAAUGUAAACAAUACCAUAAAAAGGCAAUAAGCAAGGCCUUUGUUUUAUUUUCUCUUAUUCUGGGAAUAUCUGAUGACUGUCAGACAGGAAAACCACCUAAAAAAGUUGUAAAUCGUGCAUUUUACCGUUUUUAAAUAAAGUGUGAAAUACAAAGAAAUCUGUAAUAAAGUUUAAUAACCUUAUAACAAA